AUGGUUGUGGAUAAUAUUGAUAAAGAGGAGAUUUCUGACAAGGUUAAAUAUUUGGAAGAUGAUAUGAGAAGGAUUGUGGAAAAGGCAAUUGAUGAUCAGGUAAAAGAGAAAGAGUUGAUUAGAGAAGAGCUGUUAAAGUUCAAGUACACGGAUGAUGAUGUGAGAAAGAUUGUUGUAAAGGAAACUGAUGAUCUAAUAAAAGAGCAAGAGUUGAUUAAAGAAAAAUUGUCAAGAUUUAAGUAUACAGAAGCGGAUUUGGAAAAGAGAGUUGCAAAGGCAGUUAAUAGUAGAGACUCUAGAAUCAAGUAUACAGAAAAAGAAGCAGAAGAGAAGUAUAAAUAUACGGAAAAAGAUGUGGAUGAUAUGUUGGCGUUAUAUAAAUACACGGAAAAAGACUUAGAGUUGAUGGUUGCACAAAAAUUAGAGGAACGGAUUAAUGAACAAAGAGAAAAAGAUAAAGAGAUAAUUUCUAAGUUUAAAUACACAGAAGAAGAUGUGAAUGAGUUAGUGGCAAAAGCAAUAGAGGACCAGAUAAAAGAGAAGAAUUUGUUCAAAGAGAACGUUAUAAAGACUGCAAGAGAGAUCGCUGGUAUGAUGGGUUUAAAGUUAGAUGAUAUAGAUUUUGGCAUUAGCAGUGUAAAUAAAGAUAGACAAACUGAAGUUUUGUUCCAAGAAAUACAAAAAGCUAAUGCUAAACAGAUGAUUAAGGGUGAUAUUUCAAAAUCAGGUGAUAAAUUGAGAAAACUUUUGGACGUGAAUAAUCAUGUGAUUAAUGAAAUGACUAACAAAGGGAUGAAAGAUAGAAGUGAGAUUACGGGCAAAGAUAAUCAUAGUAGAGAGGUUUCAGUGUCUCAAGAAGAUUUGGAAAUAUAUAAUAAAGUUAAUGAAGCUUGUUCAUCACGCCUGCCACCUGAAAUUAAAAAGGAAGUUGUGGUAGACGAAAAAGUUGGACAGAAGAGAAAUAAUAAGGAUGAGUUAAAUAGAGGCAUGGUUAGUAGUGAUAAUACUGAUGAUGAUAGUGGAUCAGAAACUAAAGAUUUAAAGAUAAAUGAUAAAAAGCAGGGAAUACAAGGAGGAAAAGGUAAAAAGGGUGGCAAAGGUGGAAAAUCAAAGAAAAAAAGUAAGAAAGGGUGGAUAGUUACUUUAUUAGCAGAUGCAUAG